UCCGGAUAAGGGGUCCAAUACCUGUACUAACACCAAUAUGAAGCCUAAGCCCCAAUUUGCAUGCAGGGAGAAAGCAUUCAAAUAAUAAGUUGGAGCAAUUCGGCCAAACCAAAAUAUAAUUAGGAAUUUAUUCAUAUUGAAUUAAGCCCUGUAUUUUUAUGUUAGUGUGCAUUAAGCCUGAAAGGUUUUAUAUAUAUUUUACAGAAAAUCUCAUUUUCUUCUAUUUUUCUUUUGCAGAUCUCAAGAAUGAAUCUUAUCUAUUUUAUUCUAUUAAAUAUUAUUUUUGGACUAUACCAUGUUUUUUGCGCAGCCACAACAGAAAAAUAUCAAAGGAACAAUGGAUCAGUUGUGAAAUACGAUGAUUCUAUGGCAGACCUAUAUGAGGAAACACCUCUGAAAUAUAUUGUUCCAGUGGCUGUAAUGGGCUCAAUGUUUGUUAUUCCUGUACUUGCUGCUAUUGUAUGGUUGAUAUAUGUAAAAGUAAUGCAGAAGAGGAAAUCUGUUAAUGAUGUGGAAAACCCACCAGUGACAGCCCAACCAGAGAAUAAUUCUCCAGCACCUGAAAGCUCUGAUAGUUUCUUCAGGUGUCUGUACAGAAAAAUUAAACAGAAGGUGACAAAGAAGAAACCUGAUAUUGAUGUGGAGAACCCACCAGAAGCAGCUCAAUCUGAGAAACAAUCAAAAUUACCUGUGUCUAAAAAACAGAAACAGAAGAAAAAGAAAGUGACGCCACCGGUGAUUGUUCCAGAAGAGCAAAAAGCAGAUACUUUCAGCUUACUGAAGUCUCUGAUACCAUUAGAUAAAAAGCCAUCUAAGGGUCGCAAAUGUAAAAAAGUACAACAAUCCAUGAAGAUUAAAGAAAAUAUAAAUAACAAAGAAGAUAUGGAUUGCUUGCUGGAGCAGUUGUUGGCUCUACAGAAGAAGUCGCCAACUGCUACUAAUCUCAAAAUUUCAGUGGAGAAUGAACGGAUUGAAGAUAAGGAGGAAGAGCCUCCUUCACAGCAAUUUGACAUCGAAACAUCGUCUUUCCAGCUACAAGGUUCAGAACCUUCUGAACCUGAAAGAGAAAAUACAGAGAGAAUAGAAAACAACCUGCCACAACCUGAAAGUUAUACUUUCAACUUACUGAAGUCUCUGAUACCAUUAGAUGAAAAGCCAUCUAAGAGUCGGAAAUGUAAAAAAGUACAACAAUCCAUAGAGAUUAAAGAAAAUAUAAAUACCAAAGAAGAUAUGGAUUGCUUGCUGGAGCAGUUGUUGGCCCUACAGAAGAAGUCGCCAACUGCUACUGAUCUCAAAAUUUCAGUGCACUAUGAAAAGAUUGAAGAUAAGGAGGAAGAGCCUCCUUCAGAGCAAUUUGAUAUAGAAACAUCGUCUUUCCCCUUACAAGGUUCAGAACCUUCUGAACCUGAGCGGAGAGAGACGAGUGAAGAGGCAGAAAUGAUAAUGGCCCCAUGCAAAGAAGUCCAUCCAAAACCUGGAAGUGAAGCUUCUUUGCCAGCCAAUUCUUUAAGCUUUCUGGAGCAGUUAAAGUCAUCAUUUAAAAAGCCUUCUAGGAAUCGGAAACGGAAACAGAAACAGGUAUUGCGAACUGUGAUGUUUGAAGAUAUUAUAAGUGAUGAUGAAGACACUGCCCAAUAUUCUGAACUCGUUCUGCAGCAGUUGAAGGACUUAUGUAAUGAGUCACCAACUGCUCAUGACCCAAGAGUUACAGUGAAAAUUCUACAUCUUGAUCCGAUUGAAGACAUCUGUGCGGAUAAGGGAGAUGAGCUUCCUUUGCAAAUAGCACCGGAAAGCACCCCCUUACUAGAACAGCCUGCAGAACCCAAGAGUGAAGUGCAACCUGUGCAUCUUGAACUGGUUGAAGACACCAAUGUUGAAAUGGAAGAUCAUGCAAAACUGUUCUAUUACUUAUUAUCAUGUGCUGUUACAGUUCCAACCUAUUUCUCAGCACUAGCAGGUUAUUCAGAACCUGAGAGAACGGUGCAACCUGAACUGACUGAAGGCACCAGUGUUGAGCAUCUCAGUGAGCAAAAGUGAGCUAUUAUUAACCUAAGAAGAAAAGAAGACUAGAAGUCAGCAUAAUGGAUUUUAUUGGAAGAAAACUUGGAAGAAAAGCAACUGUGUACCUCCCAAUUGUCCCUAUUUAAGUGGGACAGUGCUGAUCUGCAUAAGUGAAAAAGGGCGGGAUGGGUGGAUUGGUACUGUGUCCACCUCUAAUUGGACACAGCCAUGGCAGAUCAACACAUGACCGAUAUUGUUCAGAUUUUAGAAUGCUGGGAGGUACUACCUUUUUAACUCAAGAAAGAAGCAUAUCUAGUAUGAUUAAAUCUAAAGCAACUGGACUUGUUAAGUAAUCAUCAAAGACGUUUCACUACUCAUCCGAGCAGCUUAGAAAUGGACUUUUUGACCUAUAAGGAAGCUCCAUUCCUGACUGCGAAAUAUGUUUUACUUGAACCAGAACCAGGAUUGCAGAACUAAAGCCAAUAUUUAUUUCAACUUGAACUCACCAACAGAACUGUUUAACUUUGAAUAAUAAAAUAAUAAAAAAUAAGUUAAUAACA